UAAUAAUUGAAUGUUUUUCUGAAAAUUCUGAAUAUUUACGCUGAAAAAGUUAGCGAAAUGUACAAAUUAAUAAAGGUGCAAGUGUUGAAAGUGUGUAGCGUAUGAAAAUUAGCAGCGAAGCAACGAUAUAAACUGUGAAAAACGCCGCAUAACCUGUACGCAGUUGUGAAUGGAGUGUAAAAGAAAAAUGAAAGAAGAGGCGCCAAGCAAAAAAAAAUUGCCGCCUAAAAUGUAUGGGGAAGAAGUAAGAAUGGCUAGUGUUAGUACCCCUACAAAGGCGGCACACGAUGAGAUUUUAAGCUCAUUGCUGCGCAUUAACAAUUUUGAUUCGAUUUCGAGCAUCAAAGACGAAUCGCUGGAUAUCGAUCUGUCUGCCUGCGUGACCAUCAGCUCUGCCAGCUUCGUCAACGGGAACAGCCUGUCAUCAACGGACUUUUGGCGUGUGCUAGAUGAAAGUGCUCAAAAUAAUACGGAGCUAAACCUGUCGACGGAUGUCUGCCGAGAUGAUUUGGCACCUAGUACAGGCCUCGUGGCCAACAUGUCCAAUGGAAGCAUUGCAAGUGACAAUCAUAGCUCGGAGUUUAAUGUAACAUUUCUGCGCCCCGAGCCACCUAAUGCGUUCACAAAUUCGCCAUUUAAGAAGACGGCGACUCCGGUAAAAUUUCAAUCGCCGGAGCAGGCGCAGCUGCAGCCACCGCAGCCUAAACAACGCAAGCCAAAGUUGCCGGCGGCUACGGCAGUGCGUCUAAAGGUUUUUAAGGAGGAGCCACUAGAGGAGAAACCGAUACCAGAGCUCAAGACCCAAAUUGUGACCAAAGUGGAACUUUGUGAGACGGAUUACAUGCCGCCAUCGUUUACCAUAUUCCAGCAACCUAAUGCAUUGUCAGGGGAUCCUGGCGCAGAGGACGCCAGCAAUAUGCCGCCGCCGCCAUCAGAGGUGCAGGAAGACAACGGCAAAGCGAUUGACACUCCACUUUAUAAGUGCCUCGACUGCAACGACAUGCUGUUGGAGACCCAGCAGCAGGUGAGUUUCCAUGAGGCAGCUGCGCAUCGGCUGCGCAUGACAUACAGGUGCAGCGAGUGCCAUCGCGAGUUCGAAAUGUUGGCGGGCCUCAAGAAACAUUUAAAAACGCAUCGUACGGAAGGGCGCAAGGACACCUGGAAAAAGUGUCCAGACUGUGGCAAGUGCCUCAAACUGGGUAGCAUGUGGAUGCAUCGCAAGAUCCACAGUGAUAACAAGAAGUACCAAUGUGAUAUCUGCGGGCAGAAAUUCGUGCAAAAAAUAAAUUUAACACACCAUGCGCGUAUUCACUCCUCCGAAAAGCCGUAUGAAUGUCCGGAGUGUCAGAAGCGUUUCCAGGAGCGUUCCCACUUGCAGCGCCAUCAGAAAUAUCACGCCCAGACGCGUUCCUACCGCUGUGAGAAAUGCGGCAAGAUGUAUAAGACGGAACGUUGCCUAAAAGUACAUAAUCUGGUUCAUCUUGAACAGCGACCAUUUGCAUGCAAUGUUUGCGACAAGAGCUUCAUCAGCAACUCCAAACUAAAGCAGCAUAGCAAUAUACACACUGGAAUGAGGCCCUUCAAGUGCAACUAUUGUCCACGGGAUUUUACAAACUUUCCGAAUUGGCUGAAGCAUACGCGCCGACGUCAUAAAGUGGAUCACAAGACGGGAGAACAUCUAGAGAACAUUCCCUCCUACUGUUCCAAGAAAUCCACAACGACCAAAGCACAAAAAGCAGCUGCAGCAGUAGCUGCCGCUGCAGCCGCAGCAGCUGCCGAGGAACAGCAGCAAGCAAAUUGUGUGCCUUCUGUGGCAAGCACUAGCACGGCCGAAGCGGUUGUUGCAAUAGAUAAAAAUAAGAGCAGCGGUGGGGCAGUCAAUGUAGCACAAGCCGUACCUGCAGUUCCAGCGCCACUGAAGCAAGGGCGUAAGAAGAAACAACCCCAACAGACAGCAUUGGCAGCUUUGGGAAUCAGCCUACCUGCAGGAACGGCCUUGCAGCAGGUGCUACCCAAGCCUCACAUGUCUACGGCGUCGUCUGCAUCACCGACGGCUAAAAAUGUUAGUGACACCAGCAAUUCAGCAUUAACAACUGUGUUGAUUCCGCUUCAGCCACCGCCCCUGCUUCAAAAGCAAACGAAGGCUAAGCGAGAACGCAAGCAGCUAGCCCCCAAACAGUUGCAGCAAAAGCCUGCAAGUAUGCCAGUGGUGCAACAAAUCAAGAAGGAACCAGUCAGUGAGUCCAGCAAGGAGCUAACCCAAGGACCGUUUCCCGAUUUGCACGGCCUGAGCCUGACGUCGGCGGAAGACUUGAUCAUGGAGCAGGCUCUUGAGAUGAUGGACUCGGGCCUGUAUGAAGGACCUGUUGCUAGCACUGAUAUAGUAGGUAGCUCAGAUAAUGCAAUAUCCUCCGAAGCAGCUGCUGCUUUGCACUUUCAAAUUAAGAACGAGAUAAAUGAUGAGCUACUGCCUGAUGAGGAAUUUAUAUCCAUCAAGCCCGCCGAUACCAAUCGCCUAGCUUGCCCAUCGCUUGAGUCGUCGCCCUUUUCUUCGCCAGCAUCCAUAGAACUGGCCGCUGUCUCUACCAGCCACAAUGUACAAGCUACAACGGGCAACGGCUCACGAUCAACCAAUAAUUAUUACCUGCCCGCGUUUACACUAAAUGCACAGGGUCAACUGGUGGCUGGGGUCAAUAAGCUUGCCACCUCCACUACAACGGCAGCCGGCAGCAAUAGCAGCAGUAGUUCUGGGACCCCUGCGACAGUCUCGGUUGUAAAUAUGCCUCUGCUUGUACGCUCGAAUCAAAUGUUACCCUCGGUGGACACGCUGCUCUUCACCUCACAGACCGGCAAUCGUUUUUUUACUGGUAAGGCCGCCACGACGUCGUCCCACAAUAUGACAUGAUAAUAUGACGAAGACCAAUCUCAGUCAAUGUCAACGUCAUCGUUAACGCCUCAACGAUCUCCUGUGUCUUAGUUAAGUUAGCGCUUAUGAGUAGAUCAGAGUACCCAUAGCACCACAACAGCCACCUUAAUAACCACAUCCAGUCCUUGUUCACUGGCACACGUAAUAUUAUAUAUAUUUUACGGUUCUUUUGUGUUUUUAGUCCUUAGUGUUUAAGGGGACCGAAGCUACUUUUAUUUUAAAUUAGAACUAAGUUGAUUUCUACCUAGUAUUAAGCUUGACCGUAUGUAUAUAGCGCUUAUAUAUACAUAUGUAUAAUUACACCUUACAUACAUAUAUCCAUACAUUGUACGCUUUACACACCAAUUCGACCCAUUAACAACCAACAAUAAUAACAAUAAAUUUCGUAUAUAUUUUUAGUAAAAAAAAAAUAAAA